GUUUGCCCGAAAAGACAUCGUUUUGAAGAGUCUGCAAGCCGAAUAAAAUGGAAAAUCGAAAACUCGACUUUUUGAGAAUAUGUGGUCUAAUUGUAGUAUUUUUGACCUAUACGAACUGUGACAAGUGCAUUGAAUGUCGUCCAUUACAGGGAGGAGAAAGUUUCAGAGAUUGUAGAUCGACUAAUUCAUCAGUUUAUAGACGGGAUGGUAACAACGUAUACGUCAAUUUGGUAGUUGAUGUUGCCGAUAUCGAAAUUGAAUGGCUGACAAUAAAACGCCGGGUUUAUAAUGGAGAUCUUUGCGGACCAACAAUACAAAUGAAACCUGGAGAUACUGUUUAUGUUCAUUUGGAAAACCGCCUUGGACCAGAUCAACCUGAAAGAGAGCAUAAUGAUCUAAGACAUCCUAACACUACAAAUAUGCAUACACAUGGACUGCACAUAUCUUCUCUGCCUCCAGGUGACGACGUCUUCACAAGAGUAGAUCCUGGAAAAUCUCACAAUUAUUCGUUUAAUAUAAACAUAAACCAACCAGCUGGCACGUAUUGGUAUCAUGCUCAUUGGCACGGAUCCACUUGGUUUCAGGUUAUGAGUGGUCUAUCUGGAUUGUUGAUUGUUGAUGAUGAAUCGACCGAUAUGGAUGUGAAACUAGAUGCCGUUUCAUGCCCAAAUCAUUGUGAGCAUGACGUCGAUAUACUGCUUCAAUCAACGUUGCAAUACACCAACGAUUCUGUGGACUUUAUACAUGAAGCUCAGGAACAGAUGGGGGAUCCUUUCAGGUUGAACAAAUCCACGGAAGAUUGGCUUAUGAACGUUGAAAAUGGAUUUAAUUAUUUUACAACAAAUGGUCUAUAUAAUCCUACAUUAACAAUUCAGAAAAAUCAGAUGAAAAGAUUUCGAAUUGCUAAUGCGGGAGGUUAUGUUGGACUCGAGGUCGAAAUAGCAAAUAUUGGAGGUACUGGACAAUGUGUAAUCAGAGAAAUUGCAUUUGAUGGUGUUUAUCUCGAUGCUCCUAGGAAUCAGAUAUAUCAACAAACUUAUCUUGCAGUUGGUGCGCGAGUUGACUGGAUGAUUUAUUGCGAUGAGCCUGGAAUAUAUCAACUCCGUUCAAUGUCGUUGCCCGAUAGUGAAUGGUCAAUUGGAACAUUUCGUAGAUACAAUGGUACAUUCAUGACCAUCAAUGUUACUGAAAGCAACUUGGCAGUUCCCAGUUUUUCAACCUCUUUACCCACCAGACCAGAUUUCAUCAAAGACCUACGCAAUAUCAAUAACGUGCCAGAAGAAAACAAAUUCACUGUUGAACUCUCAGACAACUUUUUCAUGAAUCGUCAAAAAUAUGUCAAAAAAGAAGAUUAUGGACACCGAAUGGAGGUAGGAAGCGUGCAAGAAUGGACUUUUGUUAACUCUGUUCAAAGAUCGCCACACCCAUUGCACAUCCAUGUUAAUCACUUCCAGGUUAUUAGUUACAACGAUUAUAUAGGUCCUCUGAGCGGUAGAUCACAGCAUUAUUUUGCGGAAUAUCCAACGUUCGUACUACGAUCUCAAAAUGGUGACCUUUGCAACGAUACGUAUGGUAUCCCUUCACUUCAAUACGAAGAUCCAAACCUUAUUUGGCCUGAUCAUCCGGACAAAAAGUUCGUGGAUCACAGGAAACGCUGGGAGGCGCUAGAACAAGGAGUAGAAAACGGAAAAUCAGUGGGCUACGUAAAAAGCGGAGAUUGGAGGGAUGUGAUCAAUGUACCACCUUAUUCCAACAUAACGGUUCGUUUCAAUGUACAUGAGUAUGAUGGCCCAGUAGUGAUCCAUUGUCAUGUAUUGAAGCACGAAGAUUUGGGAAUGAUGCUAACAGUUGAUUCUGUCAAAGAUAUAAAGACAUCGAACUACAUUCCUAAAAAAGAUUUAAGUUGCAAGGAAGUUGAAAAAAAACCAGAACCACAAGCAUUAGAUGGGCAAGAAAUCACGAUUAUUGUUUUAUCCGUUGUCUGUUUUGUAUCAAUUGUAACUGGAUUAAUUUUUAUUUUUCUAUAUUGUAAGGAAAAAAAAUAAUUUUUGAAAAGGUUCUGAAUGAAAUAAAAGUAGUACUUUCUACUUUUACUUGCCAAUGGCGCUUAUUUUUAAUAAAUAUAUAAAAAUUCAUUACGUUUUAUGCGAUUAAACUGAAACUUAGAGUAAUUCUUUUGUAGCAUAUUACGUUAUGAUAAAAAAUUGAAUAAGAUUAUAUUUUUAUUUAUGCAAGUCUUAUACGUAAUAAAACAAAACAGGUCAAUGCUCAGAUUCAUGGCUCCAAGGUCAGUUUAUCACAUGGAGGAACACUCUUUCAAAAUAAACAAAAUUUGAAUUCUAUGGUCAGCUUAUCCAUUAAUAUGUACCUAUUUCUAUUUGGAUAUGAUUCUCACGUAGGCAAACAAAUCAGUAGAUUGGCAAAUGGCAAAAACCCAUCCGUGUAUGAUUUUCAUUGAAUAGGCAGACGGUCGGGAGGAGGCAGAGUUUACUUUUCAUAUCGAAGCAUCGGGAUCCGGAUCAGUCUUCACAUGCUCGACGCUAAUCAGUUUCAUUUUGUUUAUUUCGAUUUGAAAUCAGGAUAUAAUACUUAUUUACUGACAAUUUCCAAUAACAUCUUGAAGAACAAAAGUGUUGCCGAUCUUUAGACGCAGACAUUUGAGUAUGCGCACCCGCAUAAGCCAGAUUCGUUUAGCUAUCGUGGUGCACUUUCAC